CGUUUUUGGUUUUUUUUGGCGUUAUUUUGGAAAGGCAUCAACAGCGCGCGCCUCCGGCACGGCACGUCGUGCUGCCUCAGCCUUGACUGGCGUUGACGUCCUGCUAUAGGUCUCCUCAAGAUGUAGAGAAGAAGAAGAAGAGGAAGGAGAGGAAGGAGAGGAAGGAGACGCCGAGAAACACAUCCCAGCCAGUCGCCGGGUGAAGGAACAUGGAUCGAGGAAGCUGGGCUCCGUCUCCGCCCGGGGACGGCGCCGCCAACGUGACACCGGCCAGCCUCUGGUCCGCUACUCGGAACGGCUCGGGUCCGGCAACCACCGUUCGGUGGGACGACGAGACGCCCGGCGUGCACGUCCGGCAGCUGCUCUUCCAGGAGCAGGCUUACAGGGACUUCGCCACCGCCGUUCAAGUUCUCGUCCUCGUUGGCUCGCUUCUUGGCAAUGCCACGAUGCUGUGGUGCACCUGCUGCACCACCGUCUUCAAGUCCGUGACCAGUCGCUUCAUCAAGAACCUGGCGUGCUCGUGCCUGUGCGCCAGCCUGGUGUGCGUGCCCUUCGACGUGGCACUGGGGGCCAGCCCCCGCUGCUGCUGGUGGCUCCACGCGCUGCUGCUCUGCAAGGCCGUCAAGUUCCUGCACAAGCUCUUCUGCUCCGUCACCGUGCUCACGUUCACCGCUAUUGCCCUGGACAGGUAUUACUCAGUUCUUUACCCAUUGGAGAGAAAGAUCUCGGACACAAGAUCCCGAGACCUGGUCAUCUACAUCUGGGUCCAUGCAGUGGUGGCCAGCAUCCCCGUGUUCGCUGUGACCAAUGUGACUGACGUGUAUGUCGCCUUGUCAUGUUCAGACACCCACGCCCGUUCCCUGGGCCACACAGUGUACGUUCUGAUCUACAACAUCACUACCGUGAUCCUGCCUCUUGCUCUGGUCUUCUUCUUCAUGGUGCUUAUCCGCAGAGCUCUCAGCGCUAGCCAGAAGAAGAAAGUGAUAAUCGCCGCAUUGCGGACGCCCCAGAUCAGCAUCUCCAUACCUUACGUGUCCCAGCGAGAGGCUGAGCUCCAUGCCACCCUACUGGCCGUGGUGCUGGCUUUCUCUGCCUGCAGCGCCCCCUAUGGAGUGCUGGUGAUCUACCGCACCUUUCUGGCAGAGAGCGAGAAGCUCCCUGUCUCGCUUUACCUCACAGCCAUCUGGCUGCCCAAGUUGUCUCUACUCACCACCCCACUCCUGUUCCUGACUGUGAAUCGCUCAGCACGUCGCAGCUUGUUGGAUCUGCUGCUCAGGCUUCACAGGCGCUACAGCCGCCGCAACGUGGUGAGCAGUGGGGGUCUGGGAUCGUUGGAGGGGGAGGGUGGGGUUGAAGGGUCAGGGGGGCUUGAGACAGCCGGCCGCUCCGGGAGCCAGCUUCUGGAGAUGUUCAACAUCGGCCAGCAGCAGAUCUUCAGGCCCUCUGAGGAAGAGGAGGAGGAAGAGGAGGAGGGGCGGAAUGCAAUCCCUUCUCUAGAGGCCGGGGUCUGCUCUCAGCCCAAAGAGGACAGCCAGGUUGGAGCCAGACAAGUAGCUCUCCAAGGGGACAUGAUCCCCAAGAAGGACCUUCAGCAGGGGACUGGGGAGUGGGUGGUGGUGACCAAAGAGGGCCCUCCCCCAGUCAUAGCGUCGCGGGUCUCACCGGUCCAAUCGUGCGCCUACGCCUCUUCUUCACAGGUGGCUCCCGCUACGCCGACGGAGGCAGAGGAUGCCACUCAGUUUGGGUUUGGCCCAUUUGAGCUGCCGCCCCAGUGGCUGCCCGAGACAAGGAACAGCAAGAAGAGGCUUCUGCCUCCUUUAGGGAAUACUCCUGAGGAGCUGAUCCAGACCAAGCAGCCACGGCCCCGACCAGAGCGUCGUAUCAGCAGGAACAAUAAGGUUAGCACCAUCCCUGCUGUUGACCCCUGAACAAUAAUAAUCCCUGACCCAUGACAAAGACUUUUCUCCUCCCCAGUCAGCUGAGAGUUCCAACAGAUCACUUCAGUUCUACUUCUUACCCGUACAUGGUUGAUGAAUUAGAGAAAUUUUCAAAACUCUCAACAAUGUUCUUUGAUUUGAGAGCUGACAUUGAUGACUAAAUUAAAUACAUUGUACAAACCCAAUAAUUACGAGUGAUGGACUGAUAAUCAGCAUGUUUCUGCUGGAAUUUGUCAAGUGAGGAUUUUAAUUUUCUGAUAAAAGGAUGAUGCUGUGAUCGGACUGUCAGUCCUUUUACAUACCCUAUGCCAGUGUAAUUUUGUUGCCAUGUUUUACUUCAUUAAUGUUCAAUAAUUCAUAUGAACCAGCCAUGAUGUAUUUGUAAAAAAAAAAAAAAAGUCAAAAUCUGGAAUGGAUUAAUAGUUUUUUAGUUCGGACAGUUGUCAGUUUGGAGGUUUACAUGUUGUAGAUGGUGUCAUUUGUACCCAGAGUUUAAGUGAAUUUUAACAAUUUGUUAUAAUAUGACAAUGCAAAA